AUGAAAUUGAGUGUUGUUGAUAUUAGCAAGCCUGAAGAACAAAUCUUAGAACCACUUUUAGAAGCCGCUACGAAGCAAGGGUUUCUUCUUAUCGACGGGCAUGCUUUUACACAAUCAGAAGUUGAUGAGUUGUUCACCAUAUCUGAAGGAUUCUUUACCGGUACAGGUCAGAAUGAAAAAUUGAAGUAUCCAAUUGAUCAAAGAAAUUUUGGAUAUUCCGGCUUUAAUGUAGAAAACUUGAAUCCUAACAAGAGCGUUGAUUACAAGGAAGGCUUUAAUUUUAGUCAAAUUAAUUUUGCUGAUGGAAUUGUAAACCAAACACCUAAUUACGAGUUGAACCAAUUCGAUUCUACCAACCCUUUACCACCGUUUUUCUCAGAACGUCUGGACUUUUUGAGCAAAAUUAUUAUCAAACUGCAUGCACAGGCAAGACGCAUCAUCCAACUCUUGAGCAUGGCAAUGGGUGUAGAAGAUGUCAAUUUCUUUCUGAAAAGGUUUGAACCUAGUAAACCAUCACCAAGCACUUUUAGAAUGUUACACUAUCCUUUAGUGAGAUCUAAUUCCUCAGGUAAGGCUGAUCCCCACGUUCGGGCGGGAGCUCACACCGAUUACGGAGCAUUAACGCUUCUUUUCCAAAGAAAAGGUGAACAAGGUUUACAGUUGCAGCUGGAUGGAUGCAGUUGGACUGAUGUUGAGUUUGUACCUACUAAACAUAAGGGCAUGGCACCGCCACUAGUAAUUAAUUUUGGUGACAUGAUGUCUUACUGGACAAAUGGUGUUUUGAAAAGUACUAUGCAUCGGGUGAGAUUUGAACCGGGGCAAACAAGAGAUUCAGAUCGUUACUCAAUGGUCUUCUUCUUUGAACCUACAGUAACUACGAAAUUAAUCCCAGUGCCAUGUGAAAUGGUGCAGACUCAAAAAGGACAGACAGUCGCUAGACCGGAAAUGACUUCGCUGGAGUAUUUGCAAAAGAAAUUGGAGUCAACCUAUAGCUAUAGGUAA